AUGUUAGCUUGUAUUUUUGAUAUGUUUUCUACAUAAUCUUUGUCUUUUACUUGUAUGCCAAAAUUAAUUUUAGAGUCUGAAAAAAUGUUGUAUCCAGCAGCUAUCAGAACAGUAAAUACUGUGAAUAUGUACAAAAUAUUUACUAUAUCAAAAUCUUGUUUGUUUUCAAUAUCAGGGCUUUACUAUAAACUACACAUUUUCCUAUCGUAAUCUGUCUCGCUAUUACACUGCUAACCUUACUCUCUUUAAUCAUUCUUUUAAUAAUCUAAUACUAACAAGCCUAUUUAAAAUACUACCAAAAUCAAUAAUAUAAUUUUUUCUUUGCAAUUAUGUUCAAAAAUAGCCUUUAUACUUGGUUACUAAGGAAGUUCAAUAACUUCAUAUUUAAGAGAAUAUUUACAAUUAGGACAUUUUAUUGCUAGUUUUUUCAUUACUGGAUGA